AAAAACUAUCUUCGAUUAUAAAAAAAAAAUCUACUAAGUCCUUGUAUUAAAAAAAAUAUUAAAUAAAAGAAUAGUUUAUUUAUAGUUUUUUUGGAGCGAAAAAAAUUCCAAUUUUUGAACUUCAUUUUUAUACAAAUAAUUUUUAAAUUGUUAGAAAUAUAUUAGUUUUGACAGAUGGGAACACUAAAGCAUUCACUUCAACGCCGUAAUCAUAAAGAACGUUCUCAGCCAGUCGAACGUGAAAAAUGGGGUCUUUUAGAAAAACCAAAAGAUUAUCGUUUAAGAGCCCGAGACUAUCAGUCAAAACAGCAUAGGCUUAAACGGCUUCGAGAAAAAGCAGCUGAAAAAAAUCCAGAUGAAUUUUACUUUGGAAUGAUGAAAGAGAAAACAAAAGAUGGAAUUGUUAUUGUCGAUAGAGGAAAUCCUGUAUUAACAGAAGAAACAGUACGAUUAUUAAAAACACAAGAUGCUGGAUAUAUUAGAAUGAUGUUAAAUAUUGAAAAUAAGAAAGUUAAGAAACUUGAGCAAUACGUUUAUACAAAUAAUCAAGAAACUACUAAUUGCAAUGCAAAGCAUUAUUGUUUCGUUGACGAAACAAAUUUAGAAAGCCAAGAAAAAAAGUAUCAAAAGCAAAAAAAAAUAGAUUAUACAGGUCAAGUACAAGAAAAGCUUUCAGAAGAACCUUUUGUCCAUGAUGAUUCAGUUGAAACAUAUUCUAAUCUAGUAAAUGAGGAUCAAGCUAUUCAAAUAUCUAAAGUUACACUUUCAGUUGAUCCUAAGCUGAUACGUGAACUAACGCUACGAAAAAACCGAAUAGAGAAAUUAUCUAUCUUGACAAGACAAAUUAAUCUUCAAAGAAAUCUACAGACUAAAGGUGAAAGGAAAAAAAUAGGUACAACGAGUGAUGGUAUUCCUAUUUAUAGAUGGAAACUUGAAAGAAAACGAUAAUAUUCAAGAAUUAAAGAAUCAACAAUUUAAUCUGCAAACCGAUAUGUAUUCUGUAUAUGCUAUCUAUAUCUAUAUUCUUAGGGCUUAGAAAUAAAGUAAAAUAACUUCUUGUGGUGUAGUUUCCCUAAUAAAUGUUAAUAACUAAUUUACGUAUAAAAAAUAUGUACUUGGGACAGUAAGGACAUUUGAACUUAUUAGAUGGAUUGUCCUUAGAAAGCCGUUCAAUUGAUUUUUUUGAUAUAACAUGCCCACCUAAUAAAAUAUUAAAAACUUAAUUAUUUAUAGAAACAUACAAGGAAUCAUGAGUGGUGGAUUUGAUUCGGUUGUUUGUUCUUUACUGACAGGACAAGUAAAAACACUAUGGAAUCGAUAUUUGCUUGGUAAAGGAACUUCUACUGGAAGCUCAUUUUCGCUUGUCCAUUCGGUCUUUUUCUCUUUCAUAAUUGAUGACAUUUUCAAUAAUGUUGGUAUUGCUAAAGAGCCCACAAUGGAAACUGUUUGCAAUGGUGAAUCUGGUAAAAGACCAACUAAAGAACAAUAUUCACGAUUAAAAGAUGUUUGUAUUGAAGUCCAAAGAUGUUCAUGUGUAUAUAUUUGAUUAUAUGGAGAAAGUGAUAUAUUUGAGGCAUAACAAAAUAGACACAUAAGCUUUUUAAUCUCUAUAAAGUCAAUGAUUAGCUUAAGAAAUUCCUUUUCCUCUUGUUAUUUGAACCUUGCAAAUGCUUAUAUGCAAAUAGUGGGAAAUGUGUUUUAGCAUAUUCAAUAGCAACUUGUAUGCGAUUUGGAUCAGAUCGUGUUAAAAUUGAAAUAAAUUGAAGUUUAUGAAGGUCAAAUUCAAGAUUACUGCUACGUUGUUCAAGUUGCUCUCGUUUUGAAUAAGCCCAUCUUUUAUAUUUUUAGAAAUAAAAAUGUAAUAAGUAGUCUUACUUUAUUGCUGCGUCAAAUUCUUGAUUCUUAAGUGCAUGAAGGAUCUGAUAGAGAUGUCCAAAAGCGUGAAGUAGGUUUUCAGGUAUAUCAAGACAUGUUUCCUAUAAUAUUCUAUAAGCCAAAUUCAAAGGAAAAUGUUAAAUGUUGAAAGCGCUAAAAUAUUAAUAAUUUUUGAUAACUUUCAAAUAUUAUUUAGAAAUGUGUGUGUUUUCUUAAAUAUUUUAUACUAAUAUGUA